ACUACAUUUGCAAUGGUGGCCACGCAAGUAUUGCGAGUCAUUCAAUCAAACAUAAGAAAAAUCGGUUUGAAGGAAUAAAUACACAGCGAGUAUAUAAAUCCCUUUCCCUGCAUUUGGCGGUGGUCCAACGCUGCAAGUUUGCAAGGUAGGCUAUGUGGCUUCGGCUGGGUUGAACGAGAAGAUUCGACGUUUAUUUAGACAUUACGCAUGAAGAACCCUUCUGCACUCACCAUAUAAGGAUUUGAAACAUAUUUAUUUAUUUAAAACAUGGCCAUGGGUUUAAAACAGGCUUCAAAUAUAUGAAUACUGUGUGUUCUGAUUUGCCUUUUAAUUUUCAUAUUACUGAUUUCCAAACUACGUUUAUUUUACAUUGAAGCCCAACAUUGUUCUAAAUGAGCCUCGUUGUUUGUUGUUGAUAAGCCUUGUAGAAGCAGUGUGCCCAUGCAAUAGACAAAUCCCUUCCCGACCCCCUCAAGUAAUCCCCCAUUUAGUUAGAUUUUGGGAGGAAACGCCACUGCACUCACAAUUGACACAUUGUAUCAACCUGCGCCAGUGUGAUGCAGCAGUUGUUACAUUGUUAUGCUGUUAAUUUGUUGCACAAUGUAGCUACAUACUGUAUCCUGGCAUACAUAGUGUCUGAUAAGGGGAUAUCGUAGGGGUCUGCCCCCUGACUAUAAUUUCAUGUGUUUUCAAUGUGUAUCUGUCAGGGUUGGGCUAAAUUCGAAUUGAAGGCAGUCAAUUCAGGAAAUCAACAAAAAUGACAAUCCAAUAAUUGAAACAAAUUGCAUUUAUUUUAAAUAACUUCUCAAUAAACUGAAAAGUAGAAGCUAUUUAUUUCAAAAGUUUUUAAACUUCCUGAAUUGACUGCCUUCAAUUCGAAUUGAACCCAACCCUGGUAUCUUUGUAGGCUAUAUAUUCAGUGUUACAGGGAUGGAUUGCUUUCCCCCUGAGUCAUGGCAUCAAUCCCAAAAUAGCCUGGACCAAAUAUAACACACCACAUUCCCAUAAUCUUGAAACCGAUUUUAUACCAUUUAGCUACUAUGGUAACCAGAAUGUAAAUAUGCAAAAUUCAACCACAAGGUGUAUCUGUACAAAUAUAUUAUUUGACCAUGAGAUUUUUCCUAUAUUUGCAGACCGGUGUGUGAUGUCUGUAUGAGGUGUGUGUUGCAGCGUGUGUUGGUGUGUGAGGGGUGUGUGUGUGGUAUGUGUGAGGUCCAGACAUGGUAAAGCUGGAGCUAGAUCAGGUGGUAAUGAGGAGGAUGAGGGAGGAUGACAUCGAGACUGUCAAAGCUAUCAUCAAGGUGUGUGUUUUAUCCUCAAAGUUAUGCACGCAUGCACACACACACUGCAAGCCUGAGUUAUGCUCUGUCUCUACACUCUUAGAAUAAAAAGUGCUAUCUAGAACCUAAAAGGGUUCUUCGGCUGUCUCCAUAGGAAAACCCUUUGGAGAACCCUUUUUUAUGUACACUACCAUUCAAAAGUUUGGGGUCACUUAGAAAUGUCCUUGUUUUCGAAAGAAAAGCAUUUUUUUUGUCCAUUAAAAUAACAUCAAAUUGAUCAGAAAUACAGUGUAGACCUUGUUAAUGUUGUAAAUGGCUAUCGUAGCUGGAAACGGCUGAUUUUUAAUGGAAUAUCUACAUAGGCGUACAGAGGCCCAUUAUCAGCAACCAUCAGUCCUGUGUUCCAAUGGCACGUUGUGUUUGCUAAUCCAAGUCUAUCAUUUUAAAAGGCUAAUUGAUCAUUAGAAAACCCUUUUGCAAUUAUGUUAGUACAGCUGAAAACUGUUGUGCUGAUUAAAGAAGCAAUAAAACUGGCCUUCUGAAUCUGGAGCAUCAGCAAUUGUGGGUUCGAUUACAGGCUCAAAAUGGCCAGAAACAAAUAACUUUCUUCUGAAACUCGUCCGUCUAUUCUUGUUCUGAGAAAUGAAGGCUAUUCCAUGCAAGAAAUUGCCAAGAAACAACGCUGUGUACUACUCCCUUCACAGAACAGCGCAAACUGGCUCUAACCAGAAUAGAAAGAGGAGUGGGAGGCCCGGGUGCACAACUGAGCAAAAGCACAAAUACAUUAGUGUCUAGUUUGAGAAACAGAUGCUUCACAUGUCCUCAACUGGCAGCUUCAUUAAAUUGUAUCCGCAAAACACCAGUCUCAACGUCAACAGUGAAGAGACGACUCCGGGAUGCUGACCUCUAGGCAGAGUUGCAAAGAAAAAGUCCAGUGUCUGUGUUCUUUUGCCCAUCUUAAUCUUUUAUUUUUAUUGGCCAGUCUGAGAUAUGGCUUUUUCUUUGCAACUCUGCCUACAAUUUAAUGAAGCUGCCAGUUGAGGACCUGUGAAGCGUCUGUUUUUCAAACUAGACACUAAUGUAUUUAUGGUCUUUGCUCAGUUGUGCACCGGGGCCUCCCACUCCUCUUUCUAUUCUGGUUAGAGCCAGUUUGCGCUGUUCUGUGAAGGGAGUAGUACACAGCGUUGUUUCUUGGCAAUUUCUCGCAUGGAAUAGCCUUCAUUUCUCAGAACAAGAGUAGACUGACGAGUUUCAGAAGAAAGUUAUUUGUUUCUGGCCAUUUUGAUCCUGUAAUCGAACCCACAAUUGCUGUGUGAUGCGUGUGAUAGAAGGAGUCAGGCGCAGGAGAGUAAUACGCAUCCAAAGAGUUUAUUCCAUCGAUAAACAGUUGCGCAAGCAUGCGACAACAACACUCAGGCACAGGGGAAAAUUCUACCCUGGCAACAAUAAGGUAAGGGUAGUUCAACCAAGCUACACACAGCUCACAACAAACAAUCACACACACAGACAAGGCAGUAGAGGGAACACUUAUACAAUGACUAAUUGGGGAUAAGGACCAGGUGUGUGUGAUUAAUUAGACAAGACAAGUGGAGUGAUGAUAAAUGGAUCGGCAGCAGCUAGUAAGCCGGUGACGAAGAACGCCGAAACCUGCCCGAACAAGGAGGGGAGGCAGUUUUAUUGCUUCUUUAAUCAGCACAGCAGUUUUCAGCUGUGCUAACAUAAUUGUAAAAGGGUUUUCUAAUGAUCAAUUAGCCUUUUAAAAUGAUAAACUUGGAUUAGCAAACACAACAUGCCAUUGGAACACAGGACUGAUGGUUGCUGAUAAUUGGCCUUUGUACGCCUAUGUAGAUAUUCCAUUAAAAAUCAGCCGUUUCCAGCUACAAUAGCCAUUUACAACAUGAACAAUGUCUACACUGUAUUUCUGAUCAAUUUGCUGUUAUUUUUUGUGGACAGAAAAUUGCUUUUCUUUUGAAAACAAUGACAUUUCUAAUUGACCCCAAACUUUUGAAUGGUAGUGUAUAUUAGGCAUUUUAUGGUUAUCACUCAAACUCACCUUUCGAUCUCUGUCCCCCCCCCCCCCCCCCCCCCCCCUCUCUCUCUCGCUCUCUCUCCUUUCCCCCCCCUCCCUCCCUCCCUCCCUUGCUCUCUGUCUCUCUCUCUCCUUCCCCCCCUCUCUCUCUCUCUCUCUCUGUAGGAGGGUUGUCAGGGCACAGAAAACCGUCUGAUCCUCCACAUCCUGACUCGUCCUGUCUGCCUCCUACUCCUGGCUACCGUCUCUUCUGUCCUCCGCUGCUUCCUUCACUCCUUCAUCCUGGCCCUCAUCAUUCCUGUCUUCCUGCUCAUCGUCUACCUCAAGUUCACCAUGCCACGCUCCACAGGGGUGCUGGGUACCAGCCGGCCCUACUGGGACUAUGUGGGGAGCAGUUACCGAGGGGCGCAGGACGAGACCCUCCCCAACCCCUAUAGCAGGAUCAGUGGGAAACCCCCGCCGGCAAAAGUAGGUUUCAUAUAGUACAUCUCCUUUUCUUUGACUUAAGGUACUGUAUGUUGUGGAUGUUACAUGUAUGCAUUGCUCAGUUUUACUACAGUGUUUUAGAGAUUUUGACUUUUAGUGCUUUGGGCUGAGUUGCUGCACAAAUAAAGUUGAUUAUUAUCUGUCAUUAAAGGGCAAGGCCAGACGGAGGACCAAACCCAAGGCAGAGGACAAGGACAAAGACUUGUCUCCUGAGAUCGUAGACGUGGAGAGGGAGAAGGCAGCAGGGCAGGUGUGGGUGGCGGACUGUGAGGGGGAGAUCGUGGGCUGUGUGUCCAGGGAGGGUGACUGUCGUCUGGGGAUGAGGAGGUUCUGCAGGGUGGUGGUGGGGUGCUGGUACCGCCGGGAGGGCCUGGGCAGACUGCUGGUCCAGAGUCUGGAACAGAGGGAGAGGCAGACGGGGGCCAGGAGGGUCUACGCCCACGUCCCCUACCCCUCUGCAGUAGGAGAGGCCUUCUUCAGGAAGCUGGGCUACCGGCUGCAGGGGGAGGUGGGCUACGACGGGGAGGAAGAGGAGGAGGAUGAAGAGCAGCCGGAGAGGACAUUUCUGGGCUUCCAUGUCACCAAGGUGUUUGUCAAAGACCUCAAAUGAUGGAGGAGACACAACGAAGGGAAUGUGGAAAAUACCAAAGGGAAAAAGAGGAGGAGGAGGAGGAG